AAUAAUAUAACUUCUCUCUCUCUGUUUUUUUUUCAUCGUUAAAGAGCUUAUUGAGAUGAACAAAGUCUAAGGCUUUUUCAAAAAGGCAAAGAAAAACCCAGAAAUAUAUGUAAAUUUUGAAGGGAAAGGAACAAAUCUCUGUAGAUAUUGCUAUACUUUUCUUUGUUUUUAAAGGUUUAAUUGUUUUGGUUUUUUGAAUGGUAAAAUUUUAAUAAAAAUAGUCAGAAAGCUCAACCUUUGGGCCAUCCGAUGGAUUCCGAGUUCUGGAAGUCUCGUCUCGCCGCUGCCAAACGCCAAUAUAAUUUGCAGCACCGCCAUCAGACCUCUCAUUUAGAAAUGAAUAAAGAUCGUUUGAGCAUCGAUGAUUUUGAGGUAGACGAUGAAGUUCGACCCGAUUUCCCAUGUCCGUACUGUUACGAGGAUUUCGAUAUUGCGUCUCUGUGUUCGCAUCUCGAAGAUGAUCAUCCCUGCGAAUCAAAAGUUACGAUUUGUCCGGUCUGCUACGUCAAAGUAGCCAGAGACAUGCUAAGUCAUAUCACGCUGCAACACGGGAAUUUGUUCAAGUUGCAGAGACGUCGCAGGCUACGUAGAGUUGCGAUUCCGAACAGUCAGGCGCUGUCACUCCUCGGUAGGGAUCUGCGAGAAGCGCAUUUGCAAGUACUUCUAGGUGGCGGUGCGUAUAGGCCAAGCAGUGUCAAUGCGUCCAGUGCCGCCACCGAUUCGUUCCUUUCGUCACUCAUCAUGAAUUUCCCUGCAUCUGAAACCGAAGAAAUUACGAAAUCCUUCGUGACUAGUUUCGAAGAUACAACAGGGAAGAAUGCGGCAGCGGCACACAUGUGGAAAUCAAGUUUCGAUCCUUCGUUGAGUAACGAAGAACGUGAAAAACGGAUCCGGCAGGCCACGGGAAGAGCCGGAUUCGUGCAAGAUCUGGUGUUGACAACUCUGUUAAAAGAGCGAGUGAAAUGAGAAACUAAUGUAGUAAUUGAACUGUUGAGAGGCAUUUCUGGGUAAGGAUUGAAACAAGUUGAUAUGGUUUGAAUCGAAACCCCAAUACAUUAGUAAUGAAAAUGUUGAAGCUUCAUGAUCAGA